CAAGUUCAGACAAAAUGUUGCAGCGGGCGACGUGUGGUUAAUUUUUGUCCUUCAAAUGACCUGACAACGAAAUAGAUACCAUGACAUCAAAUCUAAGACAGGAUGUUGAUUUCAGUGCCUUGUUUAGGAAACUCGGACAUGACCUGGAAGAGAUCCGAGUGAGGUCGCUGAACAACAUCCUGUCCAAACUUGAUCACAAGUUGAUUUGUGAGGCGGACCUGGUUCAUGAACGACAUUUGCUGAUUCGCCUGUUAGAAUGGUUCAACUUCCAGCCAUGCCCCAUGCAGACACAAGUCCUAGAGCUUCUUCUGAAACUGGCUAAGCACAGUGGAGCUGCAGAGAUCCUGUUGAAUGUUGGUGGUCUGGACUUCUUGACAAAACUCCGUCAGAACUGUGACGUUGGGGACCAGCCAUUGGUCGACCAACUGAUGGAGUGUCUACUCAGGUUACCCAACCAGAGUGUGAAUGAAGAUCAUACUCCAGAAUGUUGGUAUAAGGGAAGUAACUCUCAAGAUGUUCCUAUAACCACAGAGCAUGUGCAAGCCAGCCAUGGACACAUUAGCCAAAGAAUACCAUCCCAUCAGGCAGCACGGCAAACACGAGUACAGUACCCUGAAGAUCAUGUUUCUCCAAGAGGGCUGUCACUCAACACUGAGUACAUAGGAACUGAGUCUCAAGAUGCUCCUAUUGGCUACUUCACCCCUGCUGGGCAAAGGGAAACCCCGCAUUCUCCAACAGAUUCCAUAACUGCACUUCCACUGUGUUUUAAGGUGACCACAUUCCCUUGGCUUCCCCUGACAUCUACAGAUAGACACGUCUUGUCGUCCACCAACUCUUCCCUCCAGAGCCGAGAUGGCGCUCUACUGACAAGUGCCUGUGAGUUCCUCAGUGAUGUUGUGUUCCAGGACUUCCCUGCAGAGGCGUUCCUGCAGAGACCAGCAAUAGUCAAGAGUUUACUGUCUCUGUUGAGUGCUGCACCUGCUGAGUUUGAAAAUCUUCCUUCUCAAAGCACACAGACAUUGAUUGACCUAACUCAGAGCCUGAGAAGUCGAAUUCUUUUCUAUCAGGACCCUGCAUUAUACACCCCAAAACAAGAUUUCAGUUCUCCUGCUGGGUCAUCAUUUACUUCUCAAAACAGCUCUAGCCAAUCAGUGCACUCCUUAGAACCCAGGCCUCCUGCUAUUGGUCACAGUGGAAGACGUCACCGUGGUGAUGGAAGAGAUCAGGACAGCUCAACCAAUGGCUCAAUGUCAAGGUCAGGGUCUCAGUCUCCCUUAAUGGGUGACCCCCAGCAGACUGAUGCUGAGGAUACGAAUGCCCUACAGCUCAUGCAGAUGACCGUCCCCCAGUUCAGUGUCCUCACCUUAGACACAAGUCUGCCACUUCUCAAGUUGAAUUCAAGAUCUGGGGUCCCGCGCAGCCUUCAGCUGGUGACUGCAUCCCUCAGUCUCCUGAGAGAGUCUCUAACAUCACACAUCUGGGAGGACAACACACCUGCUGCUCGGGAAAUUGUCGAGAAGCUGGAAGAGAUUUUUGAAAAAUUUGCGGAGCUGCUUCACUUUCAUCACCAUAGCAACUGGUCACAUGGCUCCCAGGUUGUCAGCACUCACAGGAGGAAAGAGAUUAAACACCACAGAGUUAUCUACCUUGGAUUAUCCACUUGUCUGGUGCAACUUCUAAAUGUCAUUGUGCCCGUGGACCAGGCUGACUCCUGCUUACCAGAGGUUUUGAUUGGCUGUCUGAAUGACUUGGUUUACGACGAGAGUUUAAGCCACUCCUACCCACAUAUCCGCGAGACAGCUCUCAAUUACUUGCAGGUGGUGUCAUCCAGGAAAUACCAGCUUUACACACACGCUGUCAACGUGUGUAAAUCCACAGAGAGCACCUGUCAGUUUCUGAUGGAGUUUGAUGCAAAGGCUACAACACACCUUCAGGAUUAUCUCCCAUUAGCGCUCUCCUGCCUGGAAAGUUUACCAUACCACAGGCACAGUGUUCUCAUCACUAACUUUGUCCAGUUGGCUUCACUCAUAUGCACACAUGAAGCCGGCCUGGAGUAUCAGUCCUUGUUACUCAAGCUUCUGAGUCACCGUGUAGAGGAGUUGAGGGUGAAGACAUACCAGGCCUGUUAUCAGAUCAUCAGGACUAGCCUAUGUAUUGAUGCUGCAGCAGACCCUCACUCUAGAGCCUCAGACAAUGUCAGCUUUCUCCUAGACACACAGAUUCUACAAGAACUGAUAUAUUUCGGCCUGUCAGACUCUAACAAAGAGGUACAUGACCUGUCCCACCUGAUGCUGACCCACAUCCUGCAGAGUGAGCUGCUGAUGUCACAUGACCAGUGGACACAUCUCCUCUCUUCCAUCCUGCCUGUGUUACCCGUGCUUCAGGGAUAUAUAGAAAUCCAGACAUCGCUGGGAAGCUGUUUGAUGGGUCUGAUUGAACCGGAGAUGAAGGAUAAGGACACACGGUUACCUCCCUUGGAGAGGUUCCGUGGCUGUCUUCGAUUGAUGCUGUCAGCAGAUACAAAGUGUAGAGCGGAGAGCUUGAAGCGUCUCGCCUGGUUUAUCUCCCAUGAGGAGGACAGUCACCUCAAACUGCCCACUUUUGCUGACUUGGAUGUCAGCAACAUCACAAACUUGUUCAUCAUGAAAUCUCCACGGACAGUGGAUGAGGAUGACAGUGGACAGACUGUGUUCAAGGUUGAUGGCAUGCAGAAGGUGUAUGGUAUAUUUGUGUCAGAGACUGUUGAACCAAGUGUUAGGAAGUCAGCUAUUGAGCAGCUGUCAAUCAUUUUACAAGAUUCCUGCUUGCAUUCGUCAUUUGUCAAAGAUGGCGGUGUGGAGAAAGUUCUCGAGGUUUUACACCGAGGUGUCCAGAAAGCCACUGAAGGCUCACAGGAAAACUUCACUGUUUAUGUGCCAGCCUGUCUGAAGAUUCUGCGUCACAUAGCACACCACAGUAGCAGCUUGAGGCAUCGGCUGGCCCACGACUCUGCUCUAUACCACUCUCUGUUAAGAGGUGCUUUGCUCUACCAUGGAGAUGACCUGAUUUGUUAUGAAGCCAGUCACCUGCUCACUCUGCUGCUCUUUGACGAGGUGGCCAUGUUCCAGAUCAGAUCGUCAUCAUCAUCAUCAACCUCCAGCUCUGCCCACAAACAGCACAAAGCCUUCAGUCUUCCAGCCGCUGUAGUUAAGAGGUACAGACUACCAUUUAAAACUGCAGUUCAUCACGAGAGCAGCCGACACCAGGGGGCGCCCAUAUCUGAGUCUGACCCAUUGACCAGUGGAAUGCCAGCUGAAAUGUUACGAAUUACAUGGAAUGUAGCCUGGCAUUGUGGGAUAUCAAAGCUGCUGGAAUGCUUAAACCAUCCCUCACACUACAACAAAAGUUCAAAAGACUUCCCAUCCCACCUCCAUCUCAGCCCCACUGACAUAUCCAUCCUACGAGUCUCCCACCUGCAGACCAGCCUCCAGCAGGGGCUGUACGAUAUCAGUAACGCCACCUCCCACGCGGACGUCACCUCUGCCCUCAACACUCUCACGUCUUACAUAGCCACACCCACGGGCCAGGGCAGUAGACGAGUUCUUCAUCAGCUAUGCUGGCAGGAUGUCAUUGGCAGAUUUUUAAGAACGGUCCCCUCAUCCACCUCUGAUGAAUCACUGCUUUUUGAGGUGUUACGAUUUGUCAGCAUGCUUUUGAAGUCCUCCAGUCAUCCUCCAGGUAACGUACUUGUUUGGCUGGUGGAGACAUUGUAUCAAGCAACGGGUCCCCUGAUUGGUCUGCUGAGCAGAUCGACUUCCCUGGGUGAAGGAGAUGUUAAUGUUAGAAGACAGUUGGACAAACAGCUGUUGACUUUCAUUACCACAUACAGUCGUCAGUUGCCAGCUAACUUUCUCAGCAAGCCUGAUAUUGGUCAGCUGAGAGGGAACCUGUCACACAAGUUAUUACUGAGGCUGAACGUGGCUGAAGCUCCUCACUUCUACAACCUAGCCAUGCUGGAGGGUACUCUGCACUGCCUUAUGACCAUCACAGCGAGGCCUGGCUGGAGUGAAGAAUGCACAGAACUGGAAAGUAGCACUCUGUGUUCUCAACUUCUCAACUCACUUCUGGAGGUUGUCUCGGCCUUCCACAUUGGUCGAGGGGGCACCUCUAUGUCUUACAUGGGAAAGGGCGUGACCAAAGCCGCUACUCUGUGCCUGCGUCAGCUAGCCUACGAAAUGGCCACGUCCACUGAAGAUAAGGACUGGCCUCAAAACUGGCUGUACUCCCGCCAGGGGACAGACGCUGUAGGGGAGCCUGGACUGAACUGGAUGCUGACCCUGUGGGCUUACCGUGACCCAGAGGUGAGAGCGGCUGGACUGGGGAUUGCAGUGGCCUUGACCUCUACAGAGUCAGGUCGCAUCAUGCUGACUUCUAACUGUAAACACAUCCCAGGAGGAAUAUGGGGGGCGGCCUUUAGCAUUCUUCUCGACCAAUCAGAGUGUAGCGUCGUCAGACAACAGGCUGCCCUGUUACUGGUUAACCUGACGUCACAGACUAUGCCCGGUGGGGGUACCCUGGUGAACGAAGAGGGCAGUCAGACAGCCUGGCAGGGACCUGUAGUCACAGACACAGAGUAUGAUCUGUCUCUGGUGGGUCUGCCGGCGUUAUUGGCUCUGCUGCACCACAGCCAGUUUUAUCAGGAGAUGACAGUACUGUGUGAGAAUUUCUUCCCCCAACCGGCCAUCCAUCCUGUCAGUGUAGCCAGCAGUCCUCCAGGCUCACACGCUACAUCACAGACCACCAUCACUACCCUAGAAUCCAGUGUGAUGAGCAGACCUACUGUUACCAGUGUGGGGAUAGGAGGUCAAACAGCUCAUCAGUCAAACAGACAGCUGUACACCUCUACACCAACCCAGAGCCUGAUAAGUAACUCUCAUCUGGGGAGACAGCAGGGCAGGGUGGGCACUCGGUCUGUGGCAACCCCAGUGACUGCAACCACACAGAGUACACCCAGCAUGUUUGGUGCCCAAAUGGGUGGUGAGAUGUCAGUGAGCAGCCUACCUGACUCCCAGGAGAGUGGGGAGUACCAGGGUGUGACCACACCCAGCCUGAUAUCAGCUGUGUGUCUCCUUCUCCGCAACCUUAUGCUCCUAGCCCCUCAAGACACCCUCAACUCUCUCAAACAUGAGGCCAUUCUGCACUCUCUCUUCAGUUUGAUUGACGUGGACUUGCUGGAGGCCUACUGUGCAGAGAUGUCACAAGAGGGACAAGUCAUGCGAUAUGAGCUAGUGUUUGCUGAUCUGCUGGACAUGAUUACCUCCCUUGCUAAGCUCAGCAAACUGCUCUUGGGCUCCUCCAGACCUGAGCUCUGUCAGGAGGCAAUUCUCCAACAGAACGGGCUGAGGUCUCUGACCAGCCUCUGUGGGCUGCGCUUCCAGGGUCAGCCGUCCACACACCGUCAGUCUGACCAACUUCUUCAGUCUGUAUACACACUGCUGACCUACAUCCUGAACUCGUCUUUGACAACCCUGAAGAAUGUAGCAGCAGUUGUAGUGAAGGAGAACUGGCAAGUUGUCAUGGACAAUGCUCAGAUAAUACUGAAGUCAAGAGGUAAAGGCAACAAGGACUUGUACACCAGUUGCCUUCAGUUCCUGGCCGUCCUCUUUUCUACCGAGGCCAAAUCAACCUCCAACAGUCAAAUUAGCUGGAAAGUUCUCCUUGACAAGGGAGCUCCUGAUGACACAUCGAGGAAAUGCACAGGUAGUGUGUUGUGCGAAUGUUUACUGGAGGCAUAUGAGAGCGUUGCUCUCACCUCCACCCCUGGGGCAAACUCUAAAGAGAAGACCAUGGUCAACAAUGCCUUCAGACUUCUGCUGGCCCUUAGCCAUGCUGCAAAGUCUACAGCACUGGAUGGUGGGCUAGUAGAGAGCCUAGUCAACCAGGUGAGACAACUGAAUGCCAAACUUAACCUGGACCCUCCAUCACUGGCCAAACAAGGCAGCAAGAAAAAGGAAGACCCCAUCUCUCUGGAAAUUAUUAGCAUGUUUGAUUUGUUGAAGAACUUCAUGUAUGGAGACAUGAAAGUGAAGAUAGCUGCUCAUCACAGUGGACUGGGGAACCUUGUACAUCAGUUGUGGUCCUGGUGUCAAUUGACCUCUGCCCUGAUGACCUCUGCCCUGUCACUCCUCACCACGUUCACUGCCCAGUGUCCUGAUGCUGCCUCAUCACUGGCCUUUACCAACCCAUCCACAGUGAACAUUUCCCCACCCUCUAACAAAGGCCCCCUGAGCAGUAACUCUCUUGUACAUGCCCUGAUAAAGUAUGCCCAGAAUGAUCUGGAGAAGGCCUCUGUUCAACGACACUCGGCUGUCUUCAAACUCCUCGCAGUACUUUGUCUCUCCACUGAAUGCAGGAACAUUUUAUGGAAGUCCAACUUUUUGAAUGAAUUUUCCAAGCUGAAUCCAAAGAAGCAGAAAUCCAAGUCAAAGCAGAAUGUGGAGGGAUUGUGGCUAGAUUUGCUGCUGAAUCUGUCCUUCUCCACAGAGGGUCAGCAGAUGAUCUGCAAAAUUAACGAUUCCAUUGUGUUGUUGCUGGAGUUUGGAGAGACUCAGGGAGCAUGCCGUGAGAAGGCCUUGCUCAUACUCAGGAACCUCUGCUUCCACACAUCAAACAAACCCAAACUGUUGGCUAAUGACCAGGUUAUUCCGUUCCUGGUGCAGUCACUAUGGAGGGAAUCUAGCAAGGAAAGAGCCAUGGCAUCGUCUGGUCUCUACGCACUGGCCUUCAACAACCAAAAGGCCAAAAAUGCCCUGAAGAAUGUGAACAUCGUUGUGAAGGCUCAAGAAGUGUUGGGGUCCUGCACUAAGACAAAGGAGGGGAAAGCUUUGUAUUCACAAAGUGUGAAGAACCUGCACAACCUGAUAGCCACAGUGUCAGAUUGAUGGAGAAAACAAGGGCUAAUGUGAGAGCUCUGAUGCCAGCGUUAGAGCCAUGCACUGUGGUUCAAAGAAAAGUUGUGGUAGAGUGCAAGACAAAAUGUGAGAACAAUUGAUGUGAUAUCAGAGUGUUAGAGGCUCAGACGUCCAAAGGAAAGCUAACCAAAGGAUCCCGAGACAGUGUGUGAGAACAGUGGAUGUGAUGUCAGAGCGAUAUGCUCAGAGUUAGAGGCUGAGCAGUGCAAGGGAAAGCUGACCAAAGGAAUGUGAGACAGUGAGUGAGAACAACAGGUGUGACGUCAGAGGGAUAUGCUCACAGUCAUAGUCUCUGAGGUCCAAAGGAAAAGUGAUCAAAGGAAUGUGAGACAAUGGAUGAGAACAACAGAUGUGAUAUCAUAGGGAUAUGCUCACAGUUAUACCCUCUGAGGUUCAAAGGAAAACUGAUCAAAGGAAUGUGAGACACUUAGUGAGAACAGCAGGUGUGAUGUCAGAGGGAUAUGCUCACAGUUAUGGCCUCUGAGGCCCAAAGGAAAAGAGAUCAAAGGAAUGUGAGACAAUGGGUGAGAACAACAGGUGUGAUGCCAGAGGGAUAUGCUCACAGUUAUAGCCUCUGAGGUUCAAAGGAAAGCUGACCAAAGAAUUGGAGACAAUGGGUGAGAACAACAGGUGUGAUGUCAGAGGGAUAUGCUCACAGUUAUACCCUCUGAGGUUCAAAGGAAAAGUGAUCAAAGGAACACAAGACAAAGUGUGAGAACAAUGGAGGUGACGUCAGCGAUAUGCUCAGAGAUUACAGCGGCACAGAGGUCCAAAGGAAAGCUGAUCAAAAGAAAGUGAGACAAAGUGUUAGAUGUGAACUGAUGAGAAGUUUGUAAUGUUUAAUCCAUAUAGGAUAUUGUGCUCAGAGGAUAAACACAGUGUUGCAGAGUCAAAAACAAAAGCAAAAGUACUGCUUAGCCACUGUGAUAAGUUAAAUGGAAAAGAGGUUCAAGCUUCUGGGACCAGAAUUACUUAGAGCAUCUUUUUAGAUAAAUAAUGCUAGAGAGUCGCAAUAAGGGAGAGUAAAAAUACACAGAAUUUAUCUAUGUAAACAUAGUUAGUCAUUGCCAUCUUAUUUACAGUCAGGAUAAAAGCAUCUUCAUUUAGUCAAGCUAGCUAGUCGGUAUGUCCGACAUCAUCCACAUAGACUUGACUGAGCCAUGUUCAUAGCCCAGUCACAUUCCACCUUAGUUAUUGACACUAAUAGGAGUUUAAAACAAGACGAGAUGUGACUGUAGUGAGAAGUAUGCAGUGUAUGGAAUAAAUUUAUUUCACACUAGAUGUAGAAGUACUGGCGCAAAAAGUAACUCCAUCAAGCGCAUCAACAUGUUUGGGGUUGAUUUUGUUUCCUGUUGCAUUAGAGCAACUUGAUGUGUACAUACAAUAGGAUUCCAUACACCUGUGUACGGAUAGGAAAGCUGUGUGCAAAGAAACCUUGGCCGUUGUGGAGAUCUUUCCAUUCUGUACAAAGUACUAUCAAGCAUUGGAGCUUUAUACUCUUGUUCUUCUGUGAUACAUGGUCUCGGUGCUCCUUGUCAGUACUGGUAUAAACUGUGUUCACAUUUCAGGUAUAACCACUGGGACUUAAUCCAAGUGCACCGUGCAUUUUUUACACAGCUCUGUAUCAAACUUAUGUGCAUGUAUAAACAUACCUUCUGAUUGUAUUUUUAAGAAUUAGGUAUGACCUAGAACUGCUGGGCUUCACGACUGGAUGGUCACAAGAAAUUGGACAUGUUCAAUGAUUUCUCCCCAGUUGUGACCGGUUUCUUCUCAGCUGUACCCAGUUUCUUCCCCAGUUAUAUUUGGUGUCCUUCUCAGCUAUCUUAGCCUCCUGUGCCAUCUGAGACCGGAUUCCUACCCAGCUGUGUUCAGAUUCUUCCAAUUACAGACCUGGGGACUAUUCAUCAGUAUGUGUAAAACACCAAUCAAUAAACGAAACUAAGACAGCUUUGUGGUAUUAUUUAUUAAUAUGUAAAUACAUGUACAUGCAUGUGAAUCUUAUGUGUAAACUAUGCUGUAAUUGUGUUACUGUGUGUAGAGCACCAGUGUAGGUACGUAAGCAGUGCUG